UCCUCCCCACUGAUCGUCACAGAGUUUAACGUGGGGAGGGGGGAAGGACCAGAGGCAGGUUUAGACCAAACACACAAGUCCAGGCGGCUCCCAACACAAUCAACAAGGAAGAACCAGGCCACACCUGAAGAGGCAGGACAGAUUGUGUGGACGGAGACAAGAGAAGAAACUGGCGAGAUGUGAACCAGCAGAAUAGCCAAUUUUACUUCAUUGUCUGAUGAAACAAAGCAAUACAAGGAAAGUGGUGUCUGCCAUCAGUAGCCUUCCUCUAUGGGGAAGUGAGGGACAUAAAUAGCCCACUUUGGGACACUAAAGAUGGAGUCACCAGGCAGAGAGGAGGAGACAUACGUGCUGGUGGAAUAUGCCUUUGAAUAUACCUCCAAGGAUGGCCAAGUCAUCACAAUCAAACCCAAUGAGAGAUACAUACUUUUAAGACGAACCAACGACCACUGGUGGCAUGUUAGGAAGAGCAAAAAUUCCAGGCCUUUUUACAUUCCAGCUAAGUAUGUUAGAGAGUUGAACCCCUUCAUGCCCUCUGAGAGGCCAUGUCAUACAACACAGCUGGAGGCUAUCAAUUUGGGGACCUCCAUUGGAGUUGCCAAUGAUCAAUUGCCAGACUAUGAAUAUCGAUUUGUGACAGCUGUUCAAGAAUGCAAAACAGAUACCUCACAGCAAUAUCCCAGCUCAUUAUGGAUGGGAACAUUAAUGUCUCUGGAAGAUAAUGGGAAGAAUCUACACAAUUCUGGAGCAGCAAGAGGCACACAACUCUCUCUCAGUGCCUCAUACAGUUCUCUUAAGCCACUUUACCUGACAGACUCUAAUCAUCCUAUGGCGAGUCAAGGUGGUUCUGCUGAACACAUGAGGCCUGCUGUAUCUCUGAAUGACUUGCCAAGAUUCACACCUCCCACCCAGACAGAUGUGGGAAAUUCAGGAUUGUACAAAACUGCUUCAUGGGCUCAACCUCACCCAUUUCUGAAGAACAGUUCUGAAAACAUCCGUAAAUUGGUGAAGGACCAAGUGAUACAAGACAUGCAGGAAUGCUGUGCCAAAGAGUUGCUUGAAGAUGUGGCUACAGAUCCAGUAUAUGUGAACUUACAAGAACUACAGUUGGAGCACAGUACUACCACUGCCAGAGAUUCCCAGUCCCCAUUUCAGUUGUGCCUCAGCAACUCUUUGAACAACUGGGAAAUUCACACCGACACCAAAAGUGGUCAUUUCUUCUAUUAUAAUUCUGUGACUGGUCAGACAACUUGGGAGUCUCCCUUUGGGGCUCCCUUUGGGGAUAGUGUGAGUCUUUCCCACUCUCACUGUCCCAGCCCUGUCUCAUCUGCUGAAUGGAACCAAUAUGUAGAUAAGGCCAGUGGGCAAAUAUUUUUCUAUAAUGCAGCAACAGGUGAGACUUCGUGGGAGGCACCCCAAGAAACUUUCAAUCCCCCAGAGAUGCGGCCUGCAUUUACUAGAAGAUCUUCAGAUCGGAGGCCACCAACUCCAGAAACUGACUACCCAAAAUUUUCUUCUUAUGAACAUGAAGUCUCUCCAAAGGAAGGUUAUUCUCCAGAUGGAUCCUACAAGCAAUUUGACUAUGCUGGUAUUCCUUCAUCAGACCAGGGUUGUGCUUCCCCUGGCACUUCAGAAACAUCAAUGUUUGAGGUCCCAGACAUGGUGACCACUUCUGGCAAGCGCCCGAGCACCAGUAGUGGAUCUAGUCGUGGCAGCAGUUCUUUUGCAAGUUGGUUCCCCAGCCAGUCAGUUCACCCUGGGUCAAAAGAUAAGCAGCUGAAAUCUCUUGAGAAAGCUGGGAUGCUAUAUCGGACAAGAACUGCUGAUAAAGGGAAACGGCUGAGGAAGAACUGGGCCUGUGUAUGGACAGUCUUGGAAGGUGGUGCCUUAAUAUUUUUCAAGGACUCCAAGCAUUCAUCUUCCAGUAGUACAAAGUAUCCCUCUGUGCUAAGCAACCCAGAGUUUAACGUGAAUCUUCAUGGUGCAUCUCUUUCCUGGGCCCACAAAGACAGGUCAAGUAGGAAAAAUGUUUUGGAGCUGAAGACACAGGAUGGCUCAGAGUAUUUGAUCCAACAUGAUUUGGACUCCAUUGCCAGCAUGUGGCACAGUGCAAUUAGUCAUAGAAUUGGCAGACUGUCUAUAGAUUUCCCUUUGGAAGUGGUUGAUGAUAAUUUAGCAGCUGUAAAAUCCAAGGAACAAACCGGAGGGAGCAAAGAGAAAGAAAGUGAAAAAAAGCAUCCAGCUUUCUGGCACUCUCAUGGUUCCGAUAGUGAUUCCAGCAAAAUCCGCUAUAUGCUCAGGAAAUUUCUGCUGAAGCGUCCACCUCUACAGUACCUGAGAGAUCGAGGCUACAUUAAAGAUCAGGUAUUUGGAUGUUCUCUUCAAGUUCUUUGUGAUCGUGAAAAAAGUACAGUGCCUUACUUCGUCAGGCAGUGCAUCGCCACUGUGGAGAAAAGAGGCUUGGAUAUUGAUGGACUUUAUCGGAUAAGUGGUAACCUGGCUACAAUACAAAAUUUGCGCUACAGAGUUGACCACGAUGAGUAUCUGGAUCUUGAUAGUGGCCAGUGGGAUGAUGUUCAUGUCAUCACUGGGGCACUCAAACUCUUCUUCCGCGAACUACCCGAACCGCUUUUCCCCUUCAGAUUUUUCAACCGAUUAAUUGCUGCUGCUGAAGUUAUAGACCCCGCAAAGCGAAGGCAUCAUUUACGAGAGGUUGUGCAUUCUCUACCUCCUGCUAAUUUCAAUACCUCAAGAGUUCUCUUCCAGCAUCUUUCCAGGGUUGUAGAGUUCCGGGAGAAGAACCGCAUGUCCCAGCAGAGUGUUGCAAUUGUUUUUGGGCCAACUUUAUUGAGGCCACAGGAUGAAGAAGAAAAUAUAGCGAUGUACAUGUUUUUCCAGAAUCAGGUUAUGGAGCAGAUCCUUAGUCAGACCAGUUACAUAUUCCCAGAAAGCUAGACAUAGAGCUGUAUAAUGGAGUGACUGCAAUGUGAGAACCACUCCUGCUGCUGUAAGGAAAGAGGGGUCACUGGCUAGAGCCACAGAUAAGGAAAUGAAGCUGGGAGAGAAACAUUUGGCAAGCAAGCAAAUCUUCUCUGCUGGAUUCAAAAAGUUUGUUUUUGUAGGUUGGAAACAUGGGUGAGUAAACCCUGUUGGACAAGUAAUGGGCUAAUUUCCUGGCAUGGCAUUCUGCAUCAGUAAUUUUCAACACUUUCGUUGACUAUGACUUGGUGUGGGUAACGUGUGGGGAAAAUGGGAGGUUUUGUGAGUGAAUCUAAAGAUUUAUUUUUCAACUGAAGUAAUUAUUUUUCAAGCAAUACUACUUGCUGUGAAGGAGUUGAAGGAAACAGUAUACCAAUUAAUAUAUUUUGAAUUUUCAGGAGGAUUUUCUUUAAUGAAGCAUUGUUGAAAAUGUGAGAUGGGCUUGAAGAAAGUCAGACUUUCAUUUGGGCUAACAUUGAUUACUCUGACCACACUUUAUUGACUGCAUGGCAUAAAAUGUCACAGUACUAAUAUAUGAUCACAGUAUUGGCAUUGUAAUACAGAAUACAGAUUUGUUAUAUUAAUUUCUGUGUAUCCGUUGCUUGUUCCAAUAUAUGUGUAAAUUAUCUGAGGUAAGAUAACUUGCACUU